AUGAUAGGAUUAAUAUUAAAUCAUAGGGACAUUAUUAAACUUCUGAUUUCACGUGGGGCAGACAUCAACAUGCAGCAAUCGGGUGGACUUUCUGCCAUUCAUCUUGCAAUAUUAUCUAAUCGUAGAGGAAAUACUAAUGAAGGUGCUUUAUCUGUAGAAAAAUUAUUUGGACUCCAUUAUUCCAAAGAUUUUGUUAAUGAAAGUGAAGCCAAAGAUUUGAUUGAACUUCUACCUUCAAAUGGUGCAAAUGUCAAUGCAAAGAAUGACAAUGGACUUACACUUCUUCAUAUGGUAUCAUUAAAAUCUACUAAAGAAAUUGCUGAAAUAUUAAUUUCUCAUGGUGCUGAAAUCAAUCCUUUAACUAAAAAUGGACUGACUCCUCUUGAUAUUGCUGUUGGAUGUGAAAAAAUAGAUUAUGAAAUAUUCCUUAGACUUCGCAAAGCUAAAAUGGAUUACCAAUAUUAUCUUGAUUCCUUCCAAGAAGCAAGCAAAAUAGUGGCUUUCUUAAAAUUGAAUGGCGGAAAAGCUAAUUCUGGGGAUAUUAGAAUGACAGCAUUUUAUAAUGUUUCUUAUUAUUUAAAUGAUUAUAUGAUGUAA